UUUGAUUAUUAACCUUAUCGGUCGGGCCUUAUUACUUGAGCCAUAAUAGGCUCAUAAAUAAAUUGAGUUUAGUAACAUAACUCAAACUCGGCCCGACUCACUAAAAAAUAGACUCGACUAAAAUAUAAUCGGACCAAACCAUCGGGCUUAGGAUAAACCCGACUCAAUUGCAGGUCCUACUGAUUUCUAUUAAUCUUCUGCGGGUGAUUGACACUUUGCGCCCUCAAAAUACAUGCUAUUGACACUUUGCACUAUUAAAUUAUAGAAAUAUCAGAAUGCACCCUCUAUUUAUUAUAACUUGCUAUUUUUGCCAAGCAAGUUAUAUUUGAAGGGUCCAUUCUCCUAUAUUUUGCAAUUUAAGGGUUUAAAGUGCCAAUUUUGCUUCCAAUAAAAAUGGCGUAAAGUUCCAAAAGAAAAAAGAAAAGAAAAGAAUUAGUUCACCCAUUUUCGUACAAUGUUAUAGCCCUCUCUUUACAUGCUUUCCUGUUGAUUCCUCUGAUCACUGAAGAUUGUAUGUAGAACACACUUCCUCUCUCUCUCUCUCUCUCUCUCUCUCUCUCUCUCUCUCUUAUCUGUUCGUACGCUUUUGUUUUCUUCAUCAGCGGCCUGAUCCCUUCUAAAAGGGAAUCUUCAAGAGCCUCAAAAGAUCUUUUUAUAGGAAUUCAUAUGGUGGUUUCUAUGAGGAAAUAUUGAGUAUUGAGCAUUGACAUAAAAAAAUGGACGAGGAAUACGAAGCUUUUCUUCCGAGCUGGAUAAGUAAAAAUCCAGCUUCGGAAAUGGCAGAAUCCCAUCUCUUUAUCUUAUCCUGCUUCAUAGCUGGUAUGAUAGGUAUAUCGACUAUAUUGUACACCGCUUUCCAGUGGAGAAGAAACAUAAACUUGAGCUGGACCAAAGCCAUCGCUCGUUCCAAAAAAAACCCCAAAUCAAGAAACAAAGUCCCACUUUCGCCUCACACUUGGAUUUUGGAAUCCGUAAAUCGACGAAAAAGUUUGAACUGCUGUGUCUGCUUACAGUCCGUUUCUCCCUCGCAGACUCACUUGAAUUCAGACAGUUUCAUACACAGCUGUACAGUUUGUGGGGCCGCAUCUCACUUGAAAUGCUCCGCCACGGCCCAAAAAGAUUGCAAGUGUGUGUCGAUGUUCGGUUAUGACAAUCUCUUGCAUCAGUGGGCUGUACAGUGGACAGCUGUCACAGACCAAUCCGACGAAUCUUCCUUAUGCAGUUACUGUGAGGAGCCAUGCAGUGGUCCCUUUCUUGGGGGUUCACCGAUUUGGUGUUGCCUGUGGUGUCAGCGUUUAGUGCAUGUAGGCUGCCACGUCAGCAUGUUUAAUGAAACGGGCGAUGUUUGCGAUUUGGGCCCAUAUAGAAGGGUUGUUUUGUCACCGUUGUAUGUUAAGAAACUGAGCAAGGCUUCUUCGGGUGGUGGGUUUUUGAGCACGAUCACUCAUGGAGCCAAUGAGAUCGCUUCGUCGGUGCGUAAAACGAUCAGAAGUCAGAGUAUGAAGUACAAAAAUGGAUAUGAGAUAGGUAAUGAUAGUUCUAAUAAACUAGAAGAAUAUGUUGAAGUGCAAGAUACCAUUUCGAAAUCCAACGGCACUGAAUUAACGGAGGAUUUGAAUCGAGGGCAAAACGGGGAAACAAAAAAGACGGAAAAAACGGGGAGUUUUAAGAGAAGCUCGUCGAUGAAUCCAAAGGAUGAGUUUCGGGUGAUGAGCGUUAGACAGACGUACGAGUUGGUUGAUUUGCCGCCAGAGGCGAGGCCGUUGUUGGUGUUUAUUAAUAAAAAGAGUGGAGCUCAAAGAGGCGAUUCUCUCAGGCAAAGACUGAACAUUCUUCUAAAUCCUGUACAGGUUUGUGAACUAAGCUCGACACAGGGCCCAGAAAGUGGGCUCUAUUUGUUCAAAAGGGUGCCCCAUUUUCGUGUUCUUGUCUGCGGUGGAGAUGGUACAGUUGGCUGGGUUCUUGAUGCAAUUGACAAGCAGAAUUUUAUAUCUCCACCGCCAGUUGCCAUUCUUCCAGCCGGAACGGGAAACGAUUUGGCUAGAGUUCUUUCUUGGGGGGCGGGGCUGGGGGCGGUCGAGAGACAAGGGGGCCUUUGCACACUUUUGCAUGACAUCGAGCAUGCUGCUGUUACUAUUCUUGAUCGGUGGAAAUUAUCUAUUUUAAACCAGCUUGGAAAGCCUCUCCAGCCCCCAAAAUUUAUGAAUAACUAUCUUGGGGUUGGAUGCGAUGCAAAGAUUGCUCUAGAAAUCCAUAAUUUGAGGGAAGAGAACCCGGACAAGUUCUACAACCAGUUCAUAAAUAAAGUUCUUUAUGCUAGAGAAGGGGCCAAGAGUAUAAUGGAUCGAACAUUUGCGGACUUACCUUGGCAAGUUCGUGUCGAGGUUGAUGGCGUUGAGAUUGAGGUUCCCGAGGAUGCAGAGGGUGUCCUUGUAGCAAAUAUUGGAAGUUAUAUGGGUGGUGUGGACUUGUGGCAUAAUGAAGACGAUAGCUACGAUAAUUUUGAUCCUCAAUCCAUGCACGACAAAGUUCUCGAAGUUGUUAGCAUUUCCGGUAUGUGGCAUCUCGGAAAGCUGCAGGUAGGACUAUCGCGGGCCCGCAGGCUUGCACAGGGACAGUCAAUUAAGAUUCAGCUUUUUGCUGGUUUUCCAGUUCAAGUAGAUGGUGAACCUUGGUUUCAACAACCUUGUACAUUAACCAUUACCCAUCAUGGUCAGGCAUUUAUGUUAAAAAGAGCGGCAGAGGAAUCUCUUAGUCAUGCUGCUGCAGCAAUUGCAGAUGUUCUUGAAAACGCCGAAACGAAUCAUGUUAUCAAUGCUUCGCAGAAAAAGGCACUUCUUCAAGAAAUGGCACUCAGGCUGUCCUAGAAAUUAACUGUAUUUUCAUGUUUUAUUAUCCGUUUCAUGUGUACAAUGUUGUUUACGUUGUGGUCCAGAUGGGACUGCUGAUCUUGUAAAUACCUAGUUAUCGGUGAUUUUGUUGUUCGUGUUUAACUAAGCUCGCAUUGAACGGGGCACAUUUUUAGAUGGGAACAGACCGUAUCGGGUUUUAGUAAAUUUUGAUAUUUGACAAGGCUUUCUGAUGAUUUGACUA